AUGGGUAGUCUACUUCCGGACGAUGGGGAAGAACCCAAAUUCUCACAGCUUUACAUAUAUGAUUCACAAAACGAAGUGGUAAAUCGUCAAAAAGCAGUAAGUUCUCAGAUAGAAUCCAAAACUACAAGAAACAACCAGCUUGAUAGUACAACCAUCAAGGGUCUUAAAGAUAUGUUGGAUUCUUGCAAUCCUCUUGUCCAGUCCUUCAGAAUGGACAUUAUUGUUAGAAAGAAGUCUGGUGGUCUUCAAAGAAUUAAAGAUGGUUAUAGAGUUGGUAUUAAACAUAGAGGGAUUGCGAUUGAUAAUGAGUUUUUGGUUGAUGGAUACACGAUGAUAGAAUCUGCCAGGUUGAAUUAUAUAAGGUCACAACAACCUAAACUUAGAACGCAAAGUCUUAAGAACUUGAAUGCUACUGUUGAAAGUGGAGAGAAUAAUGCCUCAAGUUGUGGUAAACCUAUACUUUUACCUUCAUCAUUUACUGGUGGUUCUAGAUAUAUGAUGCAAAAGUACUUGGAUGCUAUGGCAAUUUGUAAGUCUGUUGGAUAUCCCGAUUUAUUCAUAACGGUGACUUGUAAUCCAAACUGGCCUGAGAUUUACAGGUGUUUGCACGAUAAAGCUCUUAAUGCUGAAGACAGACCAGAUAUUAUCUCUAGAUUAUUCAAGUGUAAAUUGGAUCAUCUUAUAAAAGAUUUCAAGAAAGAUAAAUUCUUUGGUGAUAUACAAGCAGUUAUGUAUACAGUGGAAUUUCAGAAGCGUGGACUCCCACAUGCUCACAUAUGUUUGUUCUUGGGUGCUGAAAGCAAAUUUCCAACUGCAUCUGAUAUUGAUCGUGUUAUUAGUGCUGAGAUACCAGAUAAAGAAAGAGAUCCUGAAUUAUAUGAGCUUGUCAAGCAAUUUAUGAUUCAUGGACCAUGUGGUACAGACAACCCACUUUGUCCAUGUAUGGUUCAGCAAAAAUGUUCUAAAAAGUUUCCCAAAAAAUAUGUAGAUGAGACUUGUGUUGAUUCUGAAGGAUAUCUUGUCUAUCGUCGUCGUCAAACAAGUAAUACAGUAGUAAAGAAUGGUGUGACACUUGAUAAUAGAUUUGUAGUUCCUUACAAUGCUCUCCUGCUCAGAAAGUAUCAGUGCCACGUUAACGUUGAAUGGUGCAACCAGUCAGGUUCUAUCAAAUAUUUGUUUAAAUAUAUUGAUAAGGGGUCUGAUAGAGUCACGGCUUCUGUUUUUCAAUCCAAUUGCACCAACAAUGAUACAGAACAGAAUGUAGCUGUCGAUGAGAUAAAAGCAUACCUUGAUUGUAGAUAUAUCUCUGCUUGUGAAGCUUCUUGGAGAAUAUUCAUGUAUGAUAUACAUUAUAGAUCUCCAGCUGUUGAAGUAUUACCUUUUCAUUGUGAAGAUGGUCAGAGUAUUGUGUAUAACAAUCAUGAUAAUUUGUGUGAUAUUGUUACUGAUCUAACUGUGAAAAUGACAAUGUUCACAGAGUGGAUGAAUUGUAACAAAGUCGAGGAAUUUGCCAGGACAUUGAGAUAUGUUCAGUUUCCGGGAUAUUAUGUAUGGAAUGCUAAAAAUCGCAAAUGGAAUCGAAGAAAGCAUCCGUAUGGAUCAAUUGGGAGGAUACAUUAUGUCCCACCAUCACUUGGUGAUUGUUAUUACCUAAGGAUUUUAAUGAAUCAUAUUAAGGGACCAACCUGUUUUGAAGAUAUAAAAACAGUUCAUGGACAGGUUUUUGAAACAUUUAGAGAUACAUGUUUUGCACGGGGACUGUUGGAUGAUGAUAAGGAAUAUGUUAAUGCUGUCAAAGAAGCAAGCACAUGGUCAACCGAAGAUUUCUUGAGGACUUUUUUUGUAAUGUUGUUGCUGUCAAAUUCGAUAUCUCGUCCUGGUGUUUUUUGGUCAGAAACGAAGUCCCUGUUAUGUGAAGACAUUCUGUAUCAGCAACGAAAGAUAACUGGUAUUGCAGAUUUGGAUCUUCAACAAGAAGAACUUGAAAAUAUCUGUCUAUCUGAAAUUGAAAAGUUGUUACUUACCAAUGGAAGUACAGUGAGAAAUUUUGAUGAUAUGCCAAGUGUUCAGGACAAUUAUGCUUCAUCGUCGAACAAUCGAUUGAUAAUGAAAGAAUUAUCGUAUGACAUACUAGCUCUUCAAAGGGAACAUGAUGGUUAUGUAAAGUGUUUAACUGCCGAACAGGAAAUGAUAUAUCAAAUUGUUACGGAAGCGACUGAAAAAGGUGAUGGAGGUGUGUUUUUUGUAUAUGGUUAUGGUGGAACUGGAAAGACGUUUCUUUGGAAGACAUUCUCAGCUGCAUUACGAUCAAAAGGUGAAGUUGUAUUGAAUGUUGCAUCCAAUGGAAUUGCUUCGCUUUUGUUGGAUGGUGGUAGAAUUGCUCAUUCAAGGUUUGUAAUUCCAAUCAACAUUAAUGAGAAUUCAAUAUGUUCGAUAGAGCCUAAUACUGAGUUAGGUGAUUUAAUUAAAAGAGCAACUUUGAUUAUUUGGUGUGAAGCACCUAUGACUCACAAGCAUUGUUUCGAGGCUCUUGAUAGAACAAUGAGAGACAUAUCACGUUCCAGUCAACCGAACAUGGAAUCCAAGCCGUUUGGGGGAAAGGUCAUUCUAUUUGGUGGUGAUUUUAGACAAAUUCUUCCGGUCAUCCCUAAAGGUACCAGAACAAUGAUAGUCAAUGCUUCUUUGAAUUCUUCUUAUAUAUGGCAAUACUGUCAAGUACUAAAGCUAACUGAGAAUAUAAGAUUAAGAGUUGGUUAUCAGGAAGCAGAUUUGAAAGAAAUAAAGGAAUUUGGAGAAUGGAUUUUAAAGCUUGGUGAUGGUUUGCUUGGUGAAGAAAAUGAUGGUGAGAUAGAUAUUGAAAUACCAGGUGAUUUACUUAUUCAUGACCAAGUCAAUCCUAUUUCUUCUCUCAUUUCAUUUACAUAUCCGGACAUGAAUAAGUUUUUGUGGGAUUUAACGUAUUUCCAACAAAGAGCGAUUCUUGCUCCAACUAAUGAAGUAGUGGAUUCAAUAAAUAAAGAGUUGUUAGAGAGUCUGCCUGGUGAAGAAAAUGUUUAA